AUGAUUAACCACUCUCCACUGGUUGAACGAUGUGGUCUAGUCCUUUGCAUAAAUGUAGGAAAUUUGUAUUAUGAAAUCCUAGCAUUAUGUCGUGUUAGUAAAGCCUAUGGGGCUAUGAAUCUGUGUAGAAAUCACUUAAAACGACCUGCAGUCGAUCGUGUAUCUUUAGCUAUUCUACCAUCAGAAUGUUUUGGUUUAUUGGGGGCAAAUGGUGCUGGAAAGACAACAAUUUUCCGAAUGAUAACUGGAGAUUUAGAGCCAUCAUUUGGAGAGAUUAUUGUUGCUGGUUAUGAUAUGAAUAAAAAUUUACGAAAAGCUCAACAAUCUCUGGGUUACUGUCCACAAUUCGAUGCACUCUUGCCGUAUCUUACAGGAUAUGAAACCUUACAAUUAUUUGGUCGUCUACGUGGAAUUAAAGAGAGAAAUUUAAAUACACAAAUUGAUAAUCUUCUAUAUGAUUUAAAAUUAACAAAAAUUGCUAAUAAUUUAGUUAGUCAUUAUAGUGGUGGAGAAAGACGAAAAUUGAGUGUAGCAGUUGCACUUGUUGGUGGAACGCCUAUAGUUUGCUUGGAUGAGCCUACAACUGGUGUAGAUCCUGUAUCACGUAAAUGUAUUUGGAAUUUACUUAUGCAUUAUCGUUGUCAAGGUCGUACAGUUGUAUUAAGUUCACAUAGCAUGGAAGAAUGUGAGGCAUUAUGUUCUCGUGUGAGUAUUUUUGUCAAUGGUAGAAUAAAGUGUCUGGGAACUUGUCAACAUUUAAAAACACGUUUUGGACAUGGUUAUAGUCUUCACAUACAAGUAAUGAUUCCAACAGUGAAUAAUACUGGUUUAUCAGUGAACACUAAUUCAGAAGCAUCAACUAUGUCAACUACUUCAACAAGUAUCUUAAGAAGUCGUAACAGUAAUGCUGGUGUAGAAAAAUCGCUGGAGUUAAAUCAAACAACAACAACAACAGCAUUGAUGAUUGAAGCUGUGGAUAACGUGUCCAAUUUUAUUAAACGUGAAUUUCCUGAUGCUCGUUUAGUUGAUCAACAUCAGGGUGUACUACAGUAUCAUUUGCCUACAGAUGAACACAAUCAAAUUUGUUUAAGUCGGCUAUUUCAUUUAAUGGAGGCGAAUAAAACACAUCUCGGACUUGUUAAUUACUCGAUUAGUCAAACAACGUUGGAACAAAUAUUUAUUGAUUUGACUAAAUUACAAGAAGAACCACCGGUGUCAACUGUUGUUGGACAACAGUGA